AUGACUCAAAAAUACAACUCCAUCUUCACGUUAUCAGUUGCGGCCGCACUACUCCUCUCGGUCCUUCUUGGAGUCCUGCGGCUGGGUAUCAUAUCUUACAUCUUCACGAUGAUGGUUUUCGUGUUGCAGCUGUCUGACGCAAUUUUCAAGCUGGUGACGUUCAUAUUGAACUGGGUCGAAUGGGGAGUCGCUCUACAUGACGGUACCAUGUCCUUCCAGUCAGCAAUGGUUACCUCCUCUAUCAGUCAAGUUCUAACAAUUCUCCUUACCUUCUCCAUGGCAAACGUCCUGUAUAGUGCGGCGCUAGUGUACAAGGCAGGCGGAAAUGGAUGUGAGUAUCGAAACUACAAGCAAAUUGAGUCUGCAAAUAGCGCCAGCAGCAGCAAGAAAGCGGAUACCGAAACUGCGACGGAGGUGUAA